GCAACGAAGACGCGACGAGUGUGGUUAACAGCGGUAUGUGUGCGCAUUGCGGCGCCAUUGUGAAGGACAUGAAGGCGAGCGACGUGCCUUGUCCGCUCCUUCUCACAGUUUUCGCCCGACCCAUGACUCGCCCCCACUUCCUCGCAGGCAGUGCCCGCUAACCCACCUCAGGACCACGGCGCUGAUGCGCUUAUCGGGAUGAGCCCCGAUCAUAUAAUGCGCGCGGCAUGUGCUGCGAUCGAUUAUUGGUGCGCGAUGCGCGAGGAGGUAUCGCGUGAAGCUCACCGACGUGCCGCGGACGUCGCCAUAAGAAACGAAGAAGGGUACAAACGCAAGCUGUGUGAAAUCCACUCCGCAUAUAAAAGAGCCAAGACGAAGCAGAACGAGCUGUGGCAACACUCGCAGGACCUGGAGGCGGACAAAAAAGAACUUCAGAACAAGUACGAAGUGAAGAGUCGAGAGAAGAACCGAAUAGAAGCCGCGAUGAAUGAUCUGCUCGUUCAUGGCAUACGUGGCCCCGAGGUUGUAGUGCCGCCACCAGCUGAGAACGUGCUCAGACGUUCUAUCUCAGAGUCUUAUGCUGCUAGCGGCUUACACAGACGCGAUCGAGAUGGGAAUGAAAGACUUGACUCGACGUUCAGGACCACGGAGGGCGGUAAUUCCCUCGAUCGUUCUCACGGCGGAGGCACAACACAAAACUGUCGACGCUGGUCAAGCUUUUCCAAGCCGUCGCUAUCCCGUACGCAUCUAGAAGACCACAACAGAAAUCCUGCUGGCUUCAGGAGCGGCGGUCGAACUAUUCGACCUUUUAAAGGAUUUCGUGAGAAUCUUGGGCAGCAGGGCAGCGGUGGUGGCAACUAUGCUAGCUUUCGCCCACAGUCUCCGUCACGGAGCAUCUUUUCGAUAUGAGUGAGGUUGGAAGUGAACGACUGAGUGCUCGUGUGCAAACACAGCAGAGGGUCUCUGCCAUCGCAAACGAUGAGAUAUGUAGAAACGUGAAAGGUACGAGCGCCGACGACGUGAUAUUACGAAAUCAAAGGACGAGCCCGCUUGCAAGAUUC